AUGUUAAAUAAUGAUAAUGGGAUCUUGAGAAGCAUUGAAAAGCCUCCCGGAAUCAUGCAUGAUCGUUUGUGUAUGGUAAAUAAUCAAUAUCGAAUUCCUACGACCAACGUUAAUAUUUCUAACAAUACUCGAAUGGUUCCUAUUAACGGUUCCAAUGUCGUUCGCGAUCUCUCAACCGAUCACCUUGAUGCUCCAAGAAAUGAUGAACAAGAAUUUUCUAAUCUUAAUAUAAUUCCGUCCUUAAUAAGUGAAAGGCAUCGAAAGGCUGUCUUUGUUGAAAAUUUAGUCGAUACGGCCAGAUAUUCAGGUCAAAAUAAUGAUCCUGCGACUUGUGGCCGUCGAAUGUUUUUGGCUUCUCUGAUCAUCGCUUCAAAAUAUCUCCAAGAUCGUAAUUACUCUAACCGUGCCUGGGCCAAAAUUUCUGGACUUUCUGUUCAUGAAGUUAAUGCAAAUGAAGUUUGCUUUCUUAAACUUAUUGAUUACAAUCUUUUCAUAACUGAAGAUGUUUUCAAACGUUGGAGCAGCCUUCUUUUAACCCACAUCCAAGCUAUUUCAGGCCCUGAAAUAUCGAGUCCAGAUGCGUUCAGAAAAGCCGAAAAUCAAAAUGCUGUUUCUGUAUUCUGUGAAACUUUGAGAUCAAUGGAUUCAACGACAUUUGAAUGUAAACAAUCAAAUUUAGACAUAAGUCCAAUUACUCCUGCAGCGAGUACACCUGGAUCACCAAUUUCUAUAUUACCUAACUCAUUAAUUGAAAAAAUGGAGAAUACAUCUUUAAAUGCCCAUGAAUCAGAAUUGAAAAUGAAUUGUUGUAUUCAUUGCAAGCAACCCGUUUCGAUUCCACAUCUUUGCAAUUUAUUUGAGCAUUCUAGUCAAUCUUCAACCCAAAUUUCUGGUAUUGGCAGUUUUUUAGAUAAACAGCGAGUAUUAUCGUCACCUGUUUCUAC